AUGUCAGAACAGCUGUUCCACAAGCUGUGGCCAACAAGAAAACUCGACAAGUCCAGCCAACGACUAAAGACCUUCACUGGAGAGCCCAUUCCAGUUGUUGGUCAAGUCGAUGUGAAGGUGCUCGCUCAAGAUGAAGUAGUGCACCUGCCACUCCUGGUGGUGGGAGGUGAAGGCAAGCCCCUGCUAGGUCGCAAUUGGCUGUCAAAGGUGCGACUGAACUGGCAGGCCAUCUUCCAGGUGAAAGCCUCACUGGAAGAAAAAGCGCAAGAGCUCCUGAAAAAGUUCCCAAACCUGACGAAGCCAGAACUUGGAAAAGCAAAUACUGAAGCUCAUCUGGAGAUAAAUCCCGACAUAAAACCAGUAUUCUGCAAGCCCAGGUCAGUUCCACUAGCUCUGCGUCCGCUGGUAGAAGAGGAGCUCGACCGUCAGAUCAAGGCGGGAAUCUUGAAGCCCUGCAAGUCGGCGCAGUGGGCAGCGCCCCUGGUGACCAUCCUGAAACCAGAUGGCAAGUCAGUACGGCUGUGUGGGAGUUAUAACCUCACGGUUAACAGAGCCAGUCAUCUGGAGCAGUACCCAUUACCGAAAGUGGACGAGCUCUUGACCCAGCUAUCUGGAGGUGAGAAGUUCUCGCUAAUAGAUCUGGAACAAGCCUACCUGCAGAUCCCGCUGUCCGAGUCUAGCCAGAAAUACACAGCAGUGAACACACACAAAGGACUCUUCUCGGCAACCAGAUUGGUAUAUGGAAUCAGCAGUGGUCCUGCCAUAUUCCAGCGCCACAUCGAAACUCUGUUGGCCGGAAUCCCGAACACCACGGUGUUCCUCGACGACAUCUGCGUCACAGGCCCCAACGAUGCUGCACAUCUGGCCAACCUGGAGGAAGUGCUAAAACGCCUGGACCGAGAAAACCUGAGAAUCAAUGCAAAGAAGUGUCGUUGGUUCCUGCCGGAAGUCUCCUACCUCGGACUGAGAAUCGACAAAGAAGGUCUGCAUCCAACAGAUCAGAAGAUCGCAGCCGUGAGAGACGCCCCAGCACCUGAAAACGUCGGACAGCUGAGGACGUAUCUCGGUCUCAUCAACCACUUCAGUCGCUUCUGCCCGAAGCUGAGUGCAGUCGCGGCCCCACUGUAUGCCCUGUUGAAAAAAGAUGCAGAGUGGCGGUGGCGAACGGCUGAGGAGAACGCCUUCAACGCCACGAAGACACUCCUCUGUGAGGCACCAUGCCUCGCUCACUUCGACGGAACAGCCCCCGUCAUCGUCUCAGCAGACGCCAGCUCAUACGGCCUGGGCGCCGUCCUCUCACAAAUGACUCCAAGUGGAGAACGCCCAGUCGCCUUCGCUUCCCGCACACUCAAUGAAGCAGAGAAGAAGUACAGUCAGCUCGACCGGGAAGGUCUCGCCCUGGUGUUCGCGGUGAAGCGAUUCCACAGCUUCCUCUACGGUCGAUCGUUCACGCUGAGAACGGAUCACAAGCCUCUACUGGGACUGCUUGGCAAGACCAAAAACCUGCCAGACGCUGUUCCGCCCCGCAUGGUGAGAUGGAAGGUGACUCUGGAUGCCUACCAGUACCAUCUCGAGCACACGCCUGGCAACGCAGCUCAACAUGCCGCAGCAGACGCUCUCAGCCGUCUCCCAAGACCGGAAACUGUGCCAGAAACGUCAGUGACACCGCUCAUGGAAGUCAUCCACAUGCUCGAAGCUGACGAUGCCCUGGUAACAGUUGAAGCAGUUCGAGAGUGGACGCGACGAGACCCGACUCUCUCAGAAGUGCUCCACUACACCCGGUAUGGAUGGCCCAAGGCUUCAGCUGUAACGCCAGCCCUCCUGCCGUACCACGGUCGCCAAACCGAGCUGAGCAUACAAAACGAGUGUUUGCUCUGGGGAUGUCGUGUCGUUGUACCCCCCGCAUGCCGUCAGAAGGUCCUGAGACUGCUCCAUGAAGGACAUCCCGGCAUCUGCACCAUGAAGCGCCGAGCCCGUGGCCAGAUCUGGUGGCCCGGAAUGGAUACAGACAUUGGAGAUGUGACCAAAGUCUGUGAUGCCUGCCAGCUGAAUCAACCAGCUGCGCCGAAGGUGGCAUCCCAACCAUGGCAGUACCCAGACGCUCCGUGGCAGCGAGUCCACGUGGACUAUGCUGGUCCUGUAGAAGGGAAGAUGCUCCUCAUCAUAGUAGACGCAUACAGCAAGUGGCCUGACGUCUGGAUCACCAACAACGUCAGCGCUCAAACAACCAUCGAUCAUCUCCGCAUGACGUUUGCCACGCACGGUCUUCCAGAAGUGAUCGUGAGUGACAACGAUGGCUGCUUCACCAGCAAGGAGUUCGGCGAGUUCAUGAGCGCCAAUCAGAUCCGCCACGUCUUCACUCCACCGCUGCACCCGGCAUCAAAUGGCCAAGCCGAGAGCAUGGUCAAGCUGGUGAAGAACGGCAUCAAGAAGCAGAAACCAGCACCGCUGCUCACGAAGCUCCAAAGAUGGCUGUUCCAGUACAGGAACACACCGCACACGACAACAGGGAAAGCUCCGGCCGAGAUGCUUUUCCGUCGUGCUCCUCGGACGCAUCUCAACCGGCUGCAUCCGUUGGAGGAAAGGAGAAGCCGCAGUAGUGUCGAAACGGGCACUGUCAUCCGAGCCUUCCGAACUGGAGAUCCAGUCUACAUCACUGAAGUAACAGCCUCCGAGUACAGAUGGCUCCCAGGCACGGUUCUCGAGACAUGCGGACCGACCUGUACGGUUCUUCUCCAAGAUGGCCGCAAGUUCCGCCGACAUGUGGAUCACAUCCGGCCGCGAUACACGUCUGGUGAUACCGGACUGUUCAGGGAGGAAGGACGUUCUCAAAGCGACUACCGCUUCCAGCCGCCUGCAGCUGAGCCCGGACCUGCAGCGCCCCGAUCAGCGCCUGUCACUCUGCCAGAAACGCUUCCGGCUCAACCGGCAGCGCCUCCAGCGUCAUCAACUACAGCACAGCCAGUGACGCUUCCUCCGGCCGCUGAGCCAGAGAUCGCUCCGGCGCCCGCGAGCGGACACCAGCUCGCUGGACUACCCAGCCCCGUGGCGAACUCUCGUCCGGCGCGUAACCGGCGUCCACCCGAUCGCCUGAACUUGUAA